AUGGUUCCACCCCGAGACAAGCCCCGACGGUUCUUGCCCGAACCCAUCGAGACAUCCUCACGCAGCUCAAAAAAUGCCCCUGCAGGGCGAACGGCUGUCCCGGAGAUCAAACCGUCAACACCCGCGGAGAACUCGUCAUUAGCUGAACGCCGUCAUGAGCGAAGAAGAUUCGUUCCGCAGCUGAUGGAGACGGGAAGGCGCUCCUUUCGCCGGCAGACGCUACCAGAUUCCUCGUCACAGGAAUCAUCACCGAGAAGGUCCGGAUCGAUUUACGAUGAUACAUUUCCCGAUUCCAGUAGUGGUAUGCCUUCUGAGUCUCGCUUCUCAUAUUCCAAUCUUCUGAAGCGUCAGGAGACGAGGAGGCAUUCCUUUCGCGUGCCGGACCUUCCUUCCAUACCUUCCAGCUGCAGUGAGGCUUCUGAUGAGUCAGGCCACUCACCACCGCCAACCAGACCGCGUCGCCCGAGACCUGAACUGGUCACAAGCAGUACUUCAACGGGACCAAGUCGCAGAGAAAGCUGUGACGAACAGUUCGCAGAUUAUUUGCUUUCCCUUGAGGCUGCUCGCGCAGCCGAGAUGCAGCUGCAAGAGCAAGCUCUGGCGGCCUUUCCCAACGAACAAGUUCACCAACCCGUGGACCAUUUUGCUAUCGAUCGAGAGGAGGAGGAAUCCAGCCCUGUAGACCAAAUAAUGCAGGGGACAGAGGACCAGAUCAGGUACCGACGAGCUUCGUCGGCCGACCUGUCAUGGGAAUUAGACUACAUGCGACAACACAAAGAGGAGGCGGAAAUGAGAGAUCGUGCUAUGGCUGGGACCAAAGGCACGCGUUUUUCACACAAUGCUAUGCCCGCCUCUCUGGCACCUGAAACAGGCGGUGGUAGGUAUCUUGGCAACAACCGGCGAUAUCAAGACGCAGCACAAAUGAAGCAUUUGAGGAGUCCCCCGAUGCUUGGAGGCGAUCUCGUCUUCCCCCAAAGCCUAUCCCCUCAGACAUCCAUUUGCGAAUCAAACAAUGAUCAGGAUCAUAACCAUGGGUCUCGCCGUGCCUCUGGGUUGUGGCAUGCAAGCUCCCGGCAUGGUGAUUCUGCGGACGACAACGGCCUCUGGAUGGGUACAUGUAAGGUCAACGGCCAUGGCAGGAACAGUCGAGACUCCGUGUCCGGGCGAUCGCGUCCAUCAUCCUUGCGUUACGCUGAAGAUAUCGACGCACACCGUACUCCCAGGAAUACCGUGCCUUCAAAAUUUGAGCCCCAGCCGGUCCCGGUAUCUAACGCUGCGCAGGACAAGGGGAGCGGUAAAGUUGGGGUGGAUCUAAGCAUGGAGUUUGAUGACGCUUUUGUUACGCAGAUAUAUAACUAUCUGUCGUUGGGCUAUCCCUGCGUUGCGCGUUACUAUGACCAUGAGCUUAGCAAGGUUUCCGGCAUUCCCGUGUCUGAUCUCCGACGGGACGACCUGCAUACUGAUGCGAAAGGGUACGUUGGCGUUACCAAGGGAUCAGCGACCAGUGGAGACAUUGAAGGAAGCGUGUGUAUGCGCUGGAAAGCUUUGCGCAUUUACAUACACCAAUGGGCGAGACAACACCCUACAGUGACCGAGUGUGAUAGCAGCUUUGAGACAUGGGGUGUGCGCGAACGACGCGGCAGUUGGGCAGGAUGA